AUGAUUUCAGCAUCACUUGUUAAUGAAUCAUUUCUUGGAGCUAAAUCAAAUGUGAAAUUCAAUAAAACACAUUACACUUUUGAUUAUCCUUGCGAAUCAAAUUCUGAAUGCACAGAUUACAAAUUAAUCUUAGAACCAGAUACUUACAAAUUCGAACUCUAUGGUGCAUUAGGUGGCUCGAUGAGUAAUUCAGUUUCGUCGUAUCGCUUUUCAAAUAAUAGUUGCAUUCCAAAUGAAAUUGUUCAGAAGUAUCAUGGAAACACACAAUGCAUUAGAAAGGCGAGCGUUGGUGGAGCUGGUGGUUACAUAGCCGGAACUAUUCAUUUAUCCAAACAAACAGUCACUUUUCUGACGAUAGGUGGUCGUGGGAUUUAUGGCAAUAAAAUUUAUGAAGUUCGUACCCCAAAUUGCUUUUUGAAACAAAAUAUGAUGAACGGCGGCUAUGGCGGUGGAGGAAGUUCCUCCAAUUACUGCGGUACUCAAGUCGAAACGUCUGGUAUUUUUUGUGGAACAGGUUCUGGCGGUGGCCAGACAGCUGUCAAAUUUUUAGAGAAUGACCUAUGGCAUCGUGUCUUAGUUAGUGGGGGAGGUGGUGGUUGUGAUAAUGCCCAGGGCGACUACGGAGGUAGUGAUGAUGGUUCUGGAGGCGCCGGGGGAAACUUCACCGCUCAAAGUUGGUUUGCUAAUGGAGUUCUCUCUGAAAAUUAUUUUGCCGAUUCCCUGAAAGGAUUCAGUUUUGGUGUUGGAGAAGCUGCGAGAUAUGGUACUACAUCAAACAGUAAUGCUGUUCAAGAAAGAAAAAUGGAAGAUAAUGCGGGUGCUGGAGGUGGUUGGUUUGGAGGCUUUUCCGGUCAAUUUGGUUCAGCAGGUGCGGGAGGUGGAAGCUCAUGGGCAUUAACUAAAGAUGCAAUAAUUCCUAAAGUUGCAUUGACCACAUCUGAUGAAUUUUAUAUGAAUACUAUCUCUAGAUAUUAUGAAUUUGACCUUACAUCAGGAUACUUAUUCGAAGAUAUUGUAAAUGUUGCUGGAAUCUGGAAUGGAAAUGGAAGGGCAGUGAUUUCUAUUAUCAAUCGAAAUCAUAUAAGGAGCUGUUAUUGGAGUAUUGGCAUACCACUUCAUUUCUUCAUUUUUUUGAUUUUCGUAAGUAGUUAA